UACUCAUAGUACUCAUCGCGCGCAAUUGUCAUUGUCGUGUAAAUAAAUACAUUAUUUUGAUUUCCCUAUCAAAGUUUUGAAAAUUUUUUUUUGUUUAUCAAUUAUGGUAGUUGUCAAAAUUAUUAACAAAAUGGAAAAAUCAUCAGAAAUACACGAUGAGUGUUACUGUCACUCAUAAUUUUAUCUCAAAAGCUAAGCGAUAAAAAAAAAAAAAAAAAAAAAAAAAAAAACAAUGGAUCUCCUGUCUCAGGAGCCGUUGUUUUCAACGGAUCCAAGCACUGUCGGGUUUGACAAGUCAGCUGGUAAAAGAUGGAUUUAUCCUGAGAACUACCCUGUGAGGGAGUACCAAUUUUCAAUUGUAAAAACAGCGUUAUUUCAAAACACCCUGGUGUGCUUGCCAACUGGAUUGGGUAAGACAUUCAUUGCUGCAGUAGUGAUGUACAAUUUUUGGCGCUGGUACCCUCGAGGUAUAAUUGUAUUCUUGGCACCCACGAAACCUCUGGUGGCGCAGCAAAUUGAAGCGUGCCAUGACAUCAUGGGAAUUCCCAUCAGCCAGACAAUACAAUUGACGGGUGUGAUUCAUCAAAAGGAACGUAAGGUUGCUUGGCACGAAAGACGUGUGAUAUUCGCGACACCCCAAACUUUUCAGUAUGAUUUGGCGAAAGAUAUAAUCCCUAAAGAAUUGGUCAAGUGUGUGAUAAUCGACGAGGCACAUCGUGCCCUAGGUAAGCACGCUUACUGCGAGUGUGUACGUUUACUUAAUGAAAAAAAUGAAUAUUAUAGACUCGUAGCUCUUUCAGCAACACCUGGAAGCAAAUUAGAAGCAGUACAAGAAGUAAUUCGUAAUCUUCACAUCUCGCGUUUAGAAUUAAGAGAUGAUUCUUCGCCAGAUAUUCUACCGUACAUCAAUCAGAAAAAUAUGCAGAUCGUUGAGGUCGGUAUGAAUGACGAUUUCAAACGUUUUUAUGAUAGAUACAUGAAUAUAAUGGAUCCGGUGUAUCGAGUUUUACUUAAAAAUAAUAUUAUUAAAAUGGAUAUUUCGUCACUAAGCAAAGGGAAAAUGUUUUACAUACGCAAUGAUCUUCAAAAGAACCGAAACAAGAGGUUCAAUUAUGGUGAGUUGUACAAUACGAUAAACAUUUUGUCAACGAUGGUCUAUGCCAAGGAUUUGAUGAUUUAUCACGGGCUGAGAACGUUUCAUAAAUUCUAUCAAAAUCACUCAGAUAAACCCUGGAUUAAUGACAAACCUGAGUUACAGGAUUUACUGGAGGAAGUUGGUCAUUACCUUGGUGAAUUUCCAAAUAUACAAGCAUUGAUGGACGGUAAUGAUAAGGCAUUCGCUGAUAUGAAUAUUGUGUACGGUCAUCGUAAAUACGAGAGGUUACAAAAAAUACUCACCGAAUAUUUCACUAACGCUCAGAAGAAUAAUGUCAGUACGCGAGUUAUUGUUUUUUCAGAAUUUAGAGAGUCAGUUAGCGAAAUUUAUGUCUCGUUGUAUAAAUUACAGCCGCUGAUAAGGCCACAAAUAUUUGUCGGUCAGGCUCAUUUAAUGAAGCAAGCACAGCAGAAACGAGCGAUUGAAGAUUUUCGCAACAACAAAGUGAAUGUUUUAAUUUCUACAUCAGUAGGCGAAGAGGGUUUGGAUGUUGGAGAAGUUGACUUGAUCGUUUGUUUCGAUACCACUGGAAAAACACCCACGCGUUUGGUGCAAAGAAUUGGUCGAACUGGAAGGAAACGUGAUGGUCGGGUCAUAGUUCUUGUUACAGACUCUAAAGAACACCAAACGUUGAAGUCUGCUUUGAUAUCCAAGGAUAAUCUCAACACUAAAGUUUUACAGUCGAAACAAAUCAGAGAGGUAUUGAACGACAACUCUCCGCGGAUGAUUCCUGAUGACUUGAAUCCAGAGUGCUGCAGGAUGAAAAUGACUGUGAUACCAGUGACACCGCGAGCUAGGUCUAAAAAGAAAUCCAGCGAUGCGAAAAAGAAUAAAACGCAGCUUAAACGAAAGUACACAAAAAAGAAAUUGAAAGACAGUUUCGAGGAUGAAGUCGAGAUGAAUAUAGAUGUUGAUGAAUCGAUAAAUAAAGUCAAUAAACCACGUACGAAAAAAGGGAAACAGUCAUCACUGAUGAAUUUUUUUCAAAACUCAAACGCUUCUAAUUGUAGGGACAGUAGUAUGCAAGAUGAUGAAGUUGUUUGUAUGCGAGUUGAAGAAGUACCGCGAAUAGUACCGACAGUCAUCAGCAAAUUGAAUAUCAACGCUGUAAGAAUAAAGCCUAUUGAUGCUAAAAUUUUGUCCUCGGAUCUUGAAGCUUCGAAUUUUCUCACACUGUGCGCGAUGAAAGAGUCGGAAAAAGUUUUGAAGAAGCAAAUUAGAGUCUUGAACUUUACAUUUAUGCCGAAUUUCAUGGAUUGUGAAGAAGAUAUAUUAGAAAACUUAAAAAUACCGUCCCUUAGAAUUCUAGAUUGUAUUUUAUCGUUAACGGAAUAUGUACAGCCAGCUGAGGAAAAGGGUAAUGAGUUUUCUGAGUUUUUCAAUGAUGACAUGGAUAACUGGGACAAUGAUUUCGUUGAUUACAAUCAAGAUCGUGAUAGUCAGGUUGAUUAUAAGUACGGAAAUCGAAGUAAUUACCAAAAUAAAAGUGAUAGCAGUAAGCAAAAUGAGUUAUUUCUUCAGAAAAGUAAAUUUGAAGCGUUGCUGGACGACUCUACCGACGAAGAGGACUUGUAUGGACCGGAUGAAGUUCUUCCGGCUCAUGAAAGGAUCAAUUUGACUGACUUUCUUGAUGUCACGAAUAAAAAUGAGCAAAGUUUCAAAGAGGGUACCUUAAACAAGAGUUCUGUUGUGACAGGUGGAGCAUUUGAGGAUUUACUGAAUACUUCUUCAGAUGAGAGUGUUGAGAUUAUUGAAAAUUCUAAAAAGUGUGAGAAUAAUUUAAAUUCAACUAGGCAAGCAACUAAUGUUCUGAUUGAUGUACGUGAAUCGUAUAUUGUACCUGCGACAAAUAAUUAUGAGGCUGAUACAGUAUUAAUCGAUAAAAUAGAAACCGACACUAUUCCGGUUAGUGAUUUUGAAAAAGAUACUCGGGUAGUUGAUUUAGAAUCUGAGCUACAGAUAAUAAAUAAUGUAAAACCUGAAACAGUAUUAGUAUAUAAUUUAAAAACAGAUACGGAGAGAGUAAAUAAUUUAGAUAGAGAUACAGUGCGGGUAAAUAAUUUAGAAGCAGAUACAGUAUUGGUAAAUAAUUUAGAAGCAGACACUCUUCCUGUGACUGACUCUGAUACGUUAAUAAUAAAUAAACCCAACCUAACACAACCUAUUAAAAGUCAAAAUACAAAUAAUAUAGAAAUUUCAAAUCAAGUUUUAACUCAAGAUAAUUUUGACAACAUUGAUUUUGAUAGUGAUUUUGGUUCUUUGGAAAAAAAAGUUUUUCAAAAAAAUAUUAAAUCACAAGACAAAAUUAUCAAAAUUUCACCUGUCAAAAAACUGGAAAAUGUUUUGAAUGAUGUUAGAAAUCCAAAUCUAGUCAAGAAUUCACAAAGCUCAAUAAAUAAUAUUAAAAAACCUACGAUGAAUAAACUAAUAAAAAUGAGUAAUGAAGAAAAAAGUGAAAAUAAAAAAGAUGAUUGUCAUUCACCUGAUUUAGUGAAGAGUUCAAGCCACCGUAGGUCAAAUCAAUCAAAAUUUAAUCGUACACUUGACUUUUCAAAUAAAAAGUCAUUGCAAGUGGUGGGCGAGUCUUAUGAAAAAAUUCAUUGUACUACGCUUUCAGAUGAUGAUAUUUUUGAUUGUGAAAGUUUGGUCGCUGAUUCGGAUCUCGAAGAACAAUUACGUGAUGUCGAAAAGUUAAAUUCGGAUAAAAAGAGUGAGAGUACAGGGAAAGAUAGUGAGAGUAAAGUUAAUCAAUUAAAAGAAUUGGAUAAUUUGAAGAAUACUUUGCCAUUGAGUUGUUCUAGUCCUGUGCAAUUGAAAAAAAAUGAUAGGAAUUUGCCACUAGAGCCUAUUACUGUAGAUACUAAUUUAAUAGAAACGUAUGUUAAUGAUUGUGAUUGGGACAGUGAUUUUGAGACAUCAUCUGCACCGAUUACAGAGUGUAAAUACUUCGGAAGUAAUCCAUCAACUAUUUAUACAACUACUGCUCCAACGAGUAAGCAAUCAACGUCAAUUGCAGAUAAAAUUUGUUUGCAGAAAAGUCAAAAAAAAAAUAAUCCGAAUUGGUUGUCGACAAAAACGGCUGAGAAAAAAACAAUCCAACAAGGAAAUUCAGUAAAAUCGAAAAAACCGCAAAAAAAUUAUCUUCCCAUCCUAACUUUUAAUCCUAAAUCCAGACCUCGAAAGGAUUCUUCAGACUCGGACAGUGAUUUUGCACCAACGAAGAUUGUUAAAAAUGUUUUCCAGAGCCGCUUAAGUGUAGGCAAUGGCCGAACUUAUGAUUCUCCACCAAAAAAUAAUGCUAAAGCGGAUUCAUUUCUUCCAAAAGUCAAUAGUCCAAAGUCAUUAUCUACGUCAAACUUGAAUAAGUUUGCUGCAACUUCCAAAGUUGUUUCAAAGUUAUCAUCGUCUAAACCAGGUGUACAGUCAACUUCUUCAUGGAUUGAAACCAAAAAGUCUACCUCACUUGAUAGUUUUCCAAAGAAACAGAAGUUGAGAGAACAUCAUCGGAAGAAACGGAGGAGAAAAAAUAAUUUUAUUGAUGACGAAGCUGACGUAUCUUCAGAUGAAGAUCAUUCAUCAGAAUACUCUGAAGAUGAUGAUGGCAAAGAUCUUCAGGAUUUCGUCAGUUAUACUCAGUACCAUGAUAAUUCUGUUGACAUGAAAGCUCACUAUCUUCAGAGUGUACGGAGUCCGCGCAGACCCGGUAAAUUUAUAAUCAAACAACCUAAACCAAUUUCUCCUGAAGUACAAAUUUAUUCUCAAAUCAUUUCUGAUGAACCUAACUCGUAUCUUUAUGAUUCGUUUUGUGUAGAAGAUGGCGAUGAAGUUCUAAACGAACUUUCUUCUGAAGAAAUAACGGUAAUCGAAGAAGUUGGAUUAAAUAGAAAUAAAUCAAGGAAUAGAAAAAGAAAACGUGAUGUCUCAAAAGAUACUCGUUCUAAGCGUAAAAGGAUAAUAAUUGAUUCUGAUAGCAGCGGUGAUGACAUUGAAGUAAUACGCGCUCAAAUUGCUGAUGAAUCAAUUUUGUUAAAAAAUAAGAUGUCAUAAUUACACUCGCAUAUAAUUACAUAAAUUAUUAUAAAAAGGAUUUGUGGUAUAAGAUUAAAUUCAGUAAUUGUUGUUAUCGAUAAUUUUGAAUUUAUACAUUUUUUCUCGUAGUGACGGGAUAAUACAUUGCUAUUAAAAGAUAUUUUUUUAUUUUAUUACUGACUAAAAGAUAAAUCUCGUGAUAAAUGUAAUUUAUAACUAUAAAUUAAUCAAUUACAAGAUUUUAUAACAUUGUUAAGAGUAUUAAAAAAUUAUUAGUUUUUUCAAACUUAUUGUAUUUUACUUUCCUAGUGCUAAGCUGAUUUUUCACUUCAUUAGAUUUCAUACAUAGAAAAUGUUUUUCUAUUAUAGAAUAAUCUUUAAACCAUCAAUUAGUGUAAUAUUAGAAUCUACCAAGAAAAUUAUAAAAUUGAAACCUAAAACCGUUGAAUAUUUAGUGUUGCUUAUACUACGCUUAUUUUCUUGAAAGCAUGAAUUUCAAUAGCAUAUUUAAGGAAAUAGGACACAACAAUUGGUGAAUAGGACAAAGGACAUGUCAUCUUUGCGGGUAUAAAACGUAGGAAAUAUGAAUAAAUAGCUCAGUCUUCAUUUCGCAGUCUUCAGUGGAGUAUUUUCUCAAGCUCUGGAAUUCUUUAAAAAACAAAAAUUGCAGACUCUAAAAUGUAUCACACAGUUAUAAUUUUGGUAGUAAUAUCUGCAGUUUACGGAGGACCAUUGGAACCCACAACCCAGCAACCGCAGUCUGCAGAAGGAAUAAAAAUUCAACAAACACCAUCUCUAGUAACUUACGAGCCUUUGCCAUUAAACAACUACUAUCCAACCUACCCAGAGUACAAGCCUGUUCAGUCAGAUAAUACACAAUUGGUUCCAUCAACACCAUCAUCAUCUUCAUACAAUUGGUUAUCAACAAUCAUUACCAGCUUGGUGCCCAUCAGAAGCUUUGCUCUUUCUUAUGGAGCUCGCGCAUUUGGAUAUUUUUUCCAAUUCACCGCUCUUUUCGUCGCGGGAUUGGCUAUAACGAUAUCUCUCUGUAUUUUCACUCCUGUUUGUAGCAUAACGUUUUCUGGACUAAAUCUAGAUAAAAAAGAGGUUAAACAACAGGUGUCCGAAUUAGCGAGAGCAUUUAUGACUCAAGAUAAUCUUGAUGCAGCAACAAUUUUCGUCCACCGUGCUAUCCAGAAAUAUUAUCAACUUCAGAAUGCUGGUGCUAAAUAAUAGAAAUAAAAAUUUAAAAAUGAUCAAGGUUCAAUAUCUUAGUACUUACAAAUAAAAUAAUUUUAUUAAAAUUCAUUUCAAAACUUUUUUUAUAAAUAAAUAACUCUAAACAAGGAAAUUAAAUGCCUGAAGAUGUAAGUCUGUAGACUAAAUUAAAUAGGAAAUAAAUAAAGAUAAAGAAAAAUAUUGAUAUUGAAAUAAUCAAUUUAUCGUUGUGAUAUGAUAAAUUUUUAUAAUAAUUUAUGUGUGUAUAAGUAUAAAAUUAAUAACGUUUAUAACAUUUUUCUGGGUUUUCCCAGAUCCCUUCUUCGCUUCAUUCUUCUCCUACUCUCUUAUAGUCCAUCGAAAGCGCGACCAAUGACCGCAGGCCGGUUUUUACGUUUACAUUUUAUUACAAUCUAAACCGACACGCGAGACAUCAGGACGCGACUGGGAGCUUUAUUACACGCUAUGCUCACAGUAUUUAAAAUUUAAGUUGAAAAAGUAAACAAGUAACGUGACUCCAUUAAUUUAAAAAAAAAAAAAAAAAAAAAAAUACCCAACAAAUAAAUUGAUAUUUAAAA